AUGGGUCGUUCCAGUGUCGAUGUUCAGGCUGAGGAACAAGUGAAAGGCGCGUUGGCGGAGCGAGAUGUUGUUGUCAUCUUUAGUAAAACCUACUGUGGCUUUUGUGCAGCGGUGAAGCGCCUCUUUGAGCGUCUUGGGAUCCGCUAUAGAGCGCUGGAACUGGACAUAUUACCCCUGGGUUCAGCUAUGCAGCGGAUAUUGUACGAAAUGACCGGGCAACGAACGGUUCCGAGUGUCUGGGUGCGGGGACGCCACCUCGGAGGCAACGAUGCUGUCCAGGAGCUGCACCGAACAGGCCGCCUGCUGCCGCUUCUCGACGAGUCCGGUAUCGCCCACGCUUGA